AUGGAAAAUGAUCCACCACCAACUGAACUGCAUGCGAUAAGAGAAACCAGUCGAAGACACUACGACACAAAUGAUGUCUUCGAACCUACCCAGAUAUACAGGCGACGCCAAUAUUUGCUAUCUUCAGCACAAAAAAUAACACUAGCUCGGGCAAAGAAAAAGAUUGAGUUUCUCACCAACCUUCUUACCAACCUAGAUACCUUAAUUUACAUAGAACUUUGUGUUGUAUACUACAUGGAUUGUUCACUUUUUCGUUUGUUGCUACGCUUUCUAAAUCAGAUGAUAUUCUUUACGCCUAAACCAGUCCCUCGACAGCGUCCCUAUAUCGGUGCGAUCUUUGUUCCAGGAAUUAUUUGUAUGCUUCUUCAUUUGUUCACUGCAAGUGCUGAGGCUAGUGAAGCUAUGCGAGGUUAUCUCCACGGUGGAGUCAUUAUUGACUUGAUCGGCCAGAAAGGCCCUACUUCAAAAAUUCACUUGUUUAUACUUGAUAUUAUUCUCCUCAUGCUCCAGUGUUUCAUGUUAGCUGUUCAUGUUGAAAAGGAGAGGCUACAAAUUAUUCUAGCAACUGUGGCCAACCCUAGAACAGAAGUGGUCUCCCCUAGAGCCGAUGUAAUAAACUUACAAGAUCAUGACGUCGAAGAACGAGGUGUAAUCCGAAAUGAAAAUUUGAAUGAUUUCGAUAUUGAGCUGCGAAAUAUAACUGGUAACUCGAGCUCCAAUAACCACGAUCCAUCACUGGGGGUUAAUCGGGAGCGAGAAAGACUUUUGAGGAAUUACCCUGCACGAACAGGGCGAGGAAGUGAGGAAGAUGAAUACGAGGAAGAUGAAACGCUAGAAAUGUUCUGGUCAGGUAUGGCUAUCGUCUCAGAUUUUCAUAUACUUGAUAAUUUGAAAAAGCAAUGGCAUUCGUAUGGUUGUGCAACACGGACUGGACAUUUGACUGAAUCCUCAGCCAUCAACUCUAACCAUCUUAGCGAGACUACUCGAUACGAACAAGACUUCAAUUCACUUCAUGCAUGA